AUGAGGGUCGGGGAGCUGCUGCCGCUGCUGCGGCAGUCGCGGCAGCUCGCGGACCCCGCGGUGUGCGCGGCGACGAUCGGGGCGCUCAGCAGGCACUCGGCCUGGCACGAGGCCCUUGGCCUCUUCGCAGAGCUGCCCGGGCGCUCCGUGUUGCCCGACACGGAGAUCUGCGCCGCGGCCGCUCAAGCGUGCGAGCGGUCGGGCAGCUGGCAGCGGGCCACGCGGCUGCUGAGCGGCCUGCCCCGCAUGAGUGUUGCCCCGAACGUCGCCACCUUCCGCAGCACGGUGGCCUGCUGCGAGCUGGCCGGCGAGUGGCAGUGGGCGCUGGAGGUGCUUCGGCUAUUGGAGGACCGCGGCUUCACGGACAGCAGCGUCCGCGCCUCCGCCAGCCGCGCGUGCCGUCGCGGCGGCCGUCCUGACGUUGCGGGCGCGCUGGAGCUCAGCACGCCGCCGUCGCGGCCCCUUCGACGACCCCAGCCCAACUACCGGGCCGUCCCCGUUGCAUACUCGGGAUCCGAGGAAGCUGAGACAGAUGUUCCGAGAGAUGCAGGAUCCUUCGACGCCGGCGGAGGACUUGCUCGGGAUCGUCGCCCCGCUGUACAAGCAGGGCGUUCUCAAAGCGUGAAGGAGUACACGAUCAUCGUCGGCGUGCUGGGAAGCAGGGGCCUCUGGCAGUCGGCCCUGGCGGUGCUGACGACCAUGCACUUUCGGCCGGGCCCGACGGGCGAGCGCCUGGUGCCGGACGUGCCCGCGUACACGGAGGCCAUGGUCGCCUGCCGGCGGGCCGGGCAGUGGCAGCACUCGCUGCAGCUCCUGCGUGACAUGGAGCGCGCUGGGUUGGAGCCCGACGCCCAGGCUUGCAACGUCGCCGUGCUCGCGUGCAUCAAGAGCGGGCAGUGGCAGCGUGCCCUUCACCUGCUGAGCGACAUGGGGCCGCUCGCGGUCGACAAGGUGUCGUACAACCUCGCCAUGAGCGCCUGCAGAGAGGGCGAGCAGUGGGAGAUGGUGCUGCAGCUCCUCAAGGAGCUGCAGGCGGCGGUUGCGAGCGGCCUGGAGGUCGACGCCAACGUGGGCCGUGAGAUUGGCAGCCCCAGCUCGGACCUGUACCGGCUGACGAGGCUGGGCCUGCUGGCGUGCAUGGAUGGAAAGCACUGGAGGGGCGCCUUCCAGCUGCUCGCGGACAUGCGCGGGAGCCGGGAGGCGCCGGGCGUGGGUUUCUACGACAUCGCCGUGGACGCGUGCAGGUGCAGCGGCCAUUGGCGUGCCGCCCUGAAGCUGGUGCUGGACGCCGAGCAGCGCGGGCUGCUGCUGGAGGCCUCGGCCUACCUGGGAGCCGCCGGCGCCUGCGCCGCCGGGGGGCGCGGCGCGUGGAGGCACGCGCUGCUGCUGCUGGACGGCGUCUCCCAGCGCCCCGGGCUCGUCGACCGCUGCUCCCUGGAGAAGGUGCGGGAGGGCGUGCGCGCCGGCGGCUGCCCGCCGCGGGCCGCGCAGGCGGUGGAGGCGCUCCUCGCAACGAUCGAGGCGCACAGCCUCGCCCUGGCCGACAGACUCGCCCUCGCUGGAGGUGCCUCGGAGCUGGAGUUUGUCCUCAUGCGCACGCUGGAGGGCCCUCUCAGAGCUGUAGGGUGGGGAGUCGGCGCGCGGCCGCGGACCCGGGCGCACCCCGAGGCCGCGGCCAGGGCCCUGCUGGAGGGUGGCGUGGCCCCGGACCAGGGCACGCAGCAGGGCUGGGUGCCGCUGCACACGGCCGUGCAGGCGGGCAGCGAGGGGGCCAUCCGCGCCCUGCUGGACAACCGCGCCGACAUCAACACCAAGAACCAGGACUCCGUCUCCGCGCUGCACCUGGCAGUGCAGGUGCGGAGCCCGGCGAUGGUCAGCCUGCUGCUCGGGUACGGCGCCCGCGUGGACAUCGAGCUGCGCAGGGGGGCGACGCCGAUGCACACGGCCUGCCAGGCGGGCUCGGCGGAGAUCAUCGGCAUGCUGCUGGACCACGGG